AUGACGUCGGAGUCUCCUUGGCAGAUUUUACCCCUGAAAGAACGGCACGGGAGUCCUCUUUUCAAGUACGAGGAGAACGCUACUCCUGUCAUACGUCAUCCACUGUUCAAUGAGGCUCUUUUAAAAUCAAAUCCAAGCACAAAAGCUCGAGAAGAUUCUAAAGAGCCGGUCGAACAGUAUGAUUUUGAAGAUCCACUAGGUAAUUAUUAAAAAAAAUGACUUUUGAGAACAUUUUGAUUUUUUUUCAGGAGCAACGAAUGAAGAGGAUCAGAACAUUUUAUUGGACGUCGACCAAAUACAAGAUAUCUCCAUGAAAAACCGUGCAGCUUCUCUGGACAACACUUUGGAGUCCAAAAAAGUCGAGAGUCUUUCAUUAGGUGAUGUUUUAACGAAUUUUCUUAUAAAUUUGUCGUUUUUAGACAUCGAUUUGCCGGAUUUCGAACCUUGGAGGGAAAAAAGAGCGCAGAUAGUUAAAAAAUUUCGGCCGAAAGAGCAUAAAAGCAGUUCUGCUGAAUCUCUGCGAAAAAAAGUUUUUUUAGGUUAUUUAAUAGAAGAACUUGAUUUUUUUAGACUUCAAGCGUUGGAGAAUUCGAAUUUUGGCCCUUUGCCGCCUGAUCCGAAUUCAUUCGCCACGAAAAUCGCGGAAUACAAUGAACAGUUGCUCCAAGCUUGGAACAAUAAUCAGAGAAUCGAGGCGAUGAAGGUUUUUUCCGAUUUAUUAUUUGUGGGAAUAAAUAUUUCUGUUUUUUAAGGUAGCUCUAGACGUUGCGCGCACGCUCAUUUCCCCUUCGGCGACUGAGAUUUUCCCUUAUCACUGGGUCCUUGCCACAGAUGUUCUUGACCUUUUCGGGAAACUCGUCUACGAUCGGCUUGUCUUCAAAUCCAAUGAGGUUAUUUCUCAUUUUUGGCAAGGAAAAACGGUAUAAGAUAAUUAGAAAAACGGUUAAAAGGUUCCUCUGUUAGGAAGUUCUUCUGAAAAUCCUUCAAUAAUUUCUUCAUGAUUUUAUUUUUUUCUCAAUCUUAUUUUCAGGAAAGAGUCCGAGUAGGACAGACGGAACUCCCGCCGAACUUUUCCUCGGAUCAGGUUCCUCCCUUGGCCAAAGAAACGGCGAGACAUUGGUUCCUCAAAGUUUCCGACAUCAAGGAACUCGUCCCCAGGUUUUACGGUUUCGUAGUUUUGUCAAAAGGGAAAAUUAAAAUAAUUUUAUUUCAGUUGAAUCUUGUCUGAUCGCUUGUCUUCGAUUUCUGGACAGCGGUACUUUGAGAAUCAACUUGGAAAGAUUGGCGUCGAUGUGCUCCAGUUUGUACUUUCCUAUUUAACUUUACAUUUUUUUAAGUUUAGUUAAAAAAACUUAGGCUGAGUGAAGAAAUUACUUUUUUUAUAAAAAAAGUUUUUUUGGCGAUCCCUGGAUAAAUACCAGCCAGAAAAAUGAUUUUAUUCAUUAUAAACGUUCAAUAUCGCUUUUUGCGCGUCGCUUUUCAUGCAUCGCGUGCACUGCGUACAACACAUUUCAUUUUCCGCCGCUGCACUGAGUGUGGCUUCAAUUCGGUUUCGCCGUGAAAUACUUUGAAAAAUGCUAGUUUACUACCCAAAACUACCUUUAUAGAAGCCACUAUUUUGCGUCGGAGGGACCAUUAAAGUAGUUUUUAGCGGUCUGGUGGUACCACUUAGGUGGUAUGAAAAAAAGACCAGCGAAAAUUCAAACGGCGACUUUUCCGAUUUUUUCAUAUCGCUAGGGAACUUUCCGACGGCCACCUUUCCGACGAAUCUUUUUCCGACUUUUUUUCUCGAUAAACUCUUCGUUUUGAAUCUUCCUAUAUAAAGUAGGUAGUUAAUUCAUAAUUAAAACACAAAGAAAUAGGAAAAAAAAUGUCUAUGAAUGUUUUAAAAACCGAAAAACAUAGGGGAAAAAAGUCGGAAAGGGAUCCGUCGGAAAGUUCUCUAGCGAUAUGAAAAAAUCGGAAAAGUCGCCGUUUGAAUUUUCGCUGGUGUUUUUUUCAUACCGCCACCACUUAGCCUCUGAAGGGGCCGCUAAUGGAAUUCACUCAAGUGGCCACCAAUUCGUCAAAACCUUAGAGGGGCCUCUCAACUUUCACCACUUUUUGCAGAACUGAACCAAGACGUCACAGCGGGAUAUGCGCGGGCUUAUAUAUGCAAGAUUUGCAUCUCAAUCGAUCCGGCCAAUCGACUUCCGCAUUGGAGAGUCCUGAACGACUGGUUUCAGAUCAACGGCGUCAAGGAGGAGAUCCCAGGAACGACUUCUUUGGUUCUUUCCGGGGUUUUUUUUUUAGUAUUUUCGAGUUUUGUAGGUUUUAAUCAACUUUAAUCUGGAAAAAUACUAUAAGCGUGAAAUAAUACCUGACUGGGAAAGUUUUAAGUGGCCACUUUAGGGUUUUGACUUUGUAGAGGUCAUUAUAGUAGUCGAUAUAAUGGUCACUUUAGUGGCUAGAAUUUAUUUGCCCUUUUAGACGUUUGAGUGGUACUACUAGACACCUUUUUCACUUUUUAGACAACUUUCUAGAGGCCACUUUAGGGGUCAAUGAAUCAAAACUGGUUCAAACAACUUUAUCAGAAAAUUUUCAUAAUUUACUCGCGAAAAAUAGUAUUUUUCUACUAGAAAAAAGUCAGUCCCAAACUAACUUCUUGAUUUUUUCUUUGUUCCUUUCCAGUCACGAGUGAUCUCGCCGGCCGUGGAAUGGAUCCUACAGUGUGCCACCUACGGCGCGCAUACGGUAGAUGACUUGGGACCUCUGUGGGAGUACUGUAGACAGCCCGACAAAGUCGCUUUCCUGAUUCCGGCUCUGAUCAAAGCCUUGCCGGCAAAGUAUCUCUCGAUGUACGCCAGAGAGGCUCUCGAUUUGGUGAGAUUUGAAAAUUAUGCUUCAAUACUUAAUUUCAGUUAAUUUUCAAAUGUCACACCUUAAUAAAAGGAUAGUUAACUACUGAGAAAAUUAACUCCCUAAAGAAUAUUAAUUGAAAAAGUUGUUUUUAUGUCGCAAAAAAAGCUAACACUACGAUAUUUUUAUAUUAUUAGUUCAUAUUUAAUUUUUUUAAAUUUUUCACAUGAGAUGAUCAGUUUCAAAGCCAUCUGUUUACAGGCUCUGACAGAUCUGAAAGACGAAGAAGCGAUUUUUUUGGCCUCGGUCGACGUCUAACGGCGGUUCCUCCAGUUGGCGACAUCUGCAGUGUCAUCAAAAAGUUUGAUUUUCAGAGGAAUUUUGAAAAAAAGACUUUUUAGCUCAUCAAAGGGGAAGAAUUGAAGAAAAAGAAAGACUUUUUUUCUUAAAAAUGUUUUUUUCAUAUUCAUAUUUUUUUCUGAGUUCUCAUCGAUAGUUCAUAAUAAAUUCAAUUAACAGAUAUUUUUGGACUUUGCUGUUUUAAAAAUACAAUUCAUCCGGUUUUUCCCACCUUUUUUUGGAUGAUAAGGACUUUACUUCUUUUUUAUAAACUUGAAAUUUAUCUAUAAAAAAAUUCCAUUCGAGAAUUUUUGUUCCGUUUUUUAGGUCUAAAUUUAUAUGAAUUUUUGAAAUGAAAAAAAUUCCGUCUGAGUAGUUUUAUCUGAAUGGGGAAACUACCGAAAACGAGAAAUUUCACAUUUUUUAUUAUUUUUUUAAAGUUAAAAUUCAAUAUUUGUUGAGCAAUGUGGAUUUUUAGGAGCUAGAAUUUAGGUUAACUUUUUAAAAAAAGUUGAAAAAAAAUACCUUAUCAUUGGAAAUCAACUUUCAUUUUUCGACAUAUUUGAAAUUAUAAUAGGAAUUUUUCAAGCUAAUGUGUUUUUAAAUUAUGAUCAAAAUGGGUUUUUGAGAGGAUUUGAUGUCUUGCAUAGCUCGAAAGAACGCGGGAAAAAAAAUGGGAAAGCGAUUUUUUUAGGACAUUUUAAAUAUAAUUGAGAACAUUUUUUUCGGCACCCUUGAAAAAAAAGUUUUCUUAAAUUUAAUAAUGUUGGCCUCAAAACUUUCCACACAUCUAGUUAUUACGAUUAGAAUCAGAGUGCUUCAAUUUUUGAACGUUUGAAAGUGAAGGAAAGAAAAAAAAAUUUUUUGCAAUUUUUAGAUUUCGAUCGGCUUACUUUUUUUUGAAAAUCUUAGAACAAGAAAAAAAGUUUCCGAUAUUCUUUUUAUCGUAAAGAUUCAAAAAAAGUUGAAUAAAGGGGUAAAAAUGCAAAAUUUUAACAAUUAAAUUUGAAAAAAAUAAAAAAAUUCCAAUAUUUAGAAAAUGCUGGGAACAACUGGUCAACGUUCCAAAUGUCCGCUAUUUCCUGGCUUGUUCCAUCGAUUGGACUAUUUAUGUUGCGAGGUUAAUUUUUUUAGAUUUUUCCAAAAAAAUGAAUCUUUUCUCCAGAUGUUCUCCCGCCAAAGACGUUGAGAAGAUUGUCGAUAUUGUCUAUAAGCGGAUCGAAUUUCAUGCCGAGAGAUUGAGGGUACUCAGAAGUUCCCAUUGAUUUUUGUAUUAUUUUUCCGUUUCAGUACGAUUCUCAAAGUAUGGUCAAUAUCGAAGCGUUCAUCGGAGCUGUCGUCAACCAUAAAAAAGAUUCGGAACUGUGUCAACUUCUGCUCACGCCUUCUCUUCACAAAAUAUUGGCGUUUUUGAGGUUGUUUUGGAAAGGAUGACUUCAUUGAGAUUUUUCCGAUCGGAAAGGUUUCAGAAAAAAAAGGGUUUUUUAAGGUAGAAAAUUAGAACUUUAAGAAAAAAAAAUGGAAAAAGACUUCAUAAAAGGGUUCAAAAUGAUUCAAGCUUUAAAAUAAGGAUGAUCGUUAAGGUUUAGGGAAGGUCUAGAAAAAAAAACGAUUUUUCAAAGUUUUCACUUGUUUUUCUGCGAUUUGAAACCUCAAGAUUCAGACUUUUUACAGUUUUUCUUGGCACCAGUUCAAAAGGUAUGGCUUUUAGGGAACUUUUUUUGGAAAAAAAGCCAACGUAUAUUUCUGAAAUAUUUUUCUUAACAUGUGAACAUCGAGUUUGGUUGAAAAUAAUUUUUAAAAAAAUACAGAAAAAAAUUUUUUUAUUUUUGACAUAAAAUGCAUAAAAGACUCAAGCCCUGAAAAAUUUGUUUAAAGAAAAUGAACAUUUUUAUAAAGGAUCGACAAAAAAAUUUGUAGGAAAAAAAUUUAAUAUAAAACGAAAAACCGGUAAUUUUUUUACAUCCAAACGUUUGACUUCAGUUAGAUUAAAAAGCUAUUUAUAAAAAAAUUCCUCAACAAAAAUUAGAAAAAUAUGUCUCAAAAAAAGAGAAUAAAAAGUAAAAUUUGUAAAAGCAAAUGGCUCCUCAUUGUAAUGAUUUUUUUGGAAACUAGAAAAAAAUAAAAUAACCAAAGAGCUGAAGAAAUUUUUUUCUAAGUCCUUUUUUUGAAUCUUGGUUCCUAGUGAAAAAUCUGAAAAAGCAUUUUUUUAAUAUAAUUUUUGAAAUUCGAAGCAUUUUGAAAAAAAUAUAAGGUCACUUUAAAGUCAUAUCAAUUUCUAUUUUAUUAUUUUCUGGUACAUUAAAAGCUGUGAAUUGAAAGAAAGGUUUUCAGUGAAGAUCGGUUGAUUCGAUUGCGAAGCGCAAGAGCUGUGUUAACUGCAAUUGUUAGAGCGUUCAAGCCGGGAACUUUGAAUAAUUUUCAAGUUUUUCAUGUGGUCAGUUUUCCUUUCUUUUUCUCAAAAACGUAGUAUUUUGGUGGAAAAAAACUAUGGAAAAGCUACUUGAGUUGUAACUGAAAACGAACGAUUUAUUCUAGAAUAAAGUUAAUUUUUGAUCCUUUAAACAUUUUGCUCACAAAUUUCAACAUUCGCAGUUCGGAAAACUAGAAAAAUCAUUGAAUCCACUGAUAAAUUAGGUUCUGCUUUUUUCUCUCACCCUCUCUCUAUCCCUAUUUAUUUUUCCAUGUUGAGAUCAUCGACCAGGGAGCCGUUUUAUGUGGAUCUUUGGACUUGGAAUGUCCUGAAGAUGAGGUUUUUCUGCAAUUUUCCUUUAUAAAAAAUCCGAAUUUUUCAACUUUAGACGAGAAUAUCAGAGAAACUACUAAUUGAUGCGAUUUCCACCGUUAAUCUCACCUAUGACUUGAAACAAGGCCUUCAGUUUCUGGUCAGCGCUCGGACCAGCUUGGGACUUCGACAAUCCAUUUUGGGGGUUCAAAUCAUCUCAUUUAUUUUGAAUAGAGUUUCGUAUCUUCAGCAAAUUCUGUCGCUUCUGAGCAAUUUUACUCUGAACAGCUAUCGAGUUUUGUCCGAUGGAGCGAAAAAGGCCGAUUUCCUGAGGUUUGAAAAGGCUUUUUUCGAUUUUUAAGAGAAGAAUUCAGAGUCUGCAUAACCAACUUUUCGGUCACGAUACCCGCAAUUCACGAAGUUUCUUCCCGGUUUCGGUUGUCUUUGCAGGCCGCCCAACUUUCCCUUCUGGUCAAUUGUCUUCCUCAGGUUUGUGAAGCAGGAAAACGUUUCUUGAAUGAAUAAAUGAACAGGAAAAUUGCUCAAAUAAGGGUUCUUUAAUGUAAAAAGGUAUGUUCUUUGAGAUUUUUAGGUUUUUUUUUUGAAGUAGAAUAGCCUUUUUCAAGCUACUAUACGUAUAAAAAUGCCAUUCGAAAAAAGAGUUUUUUGACGAAUUUUAAUGAUGUUAUCUAAAAACGCUGGAAUGAUCCCUAGAGGGCCACCCUAGGGGCUCCAGAAUGUUCCCUUCAGAGGCUAUUUAAUUUUUAAAUGCUCUUUGAUCCCCUAUAGCACUGGUUUUUCCUAGCCCCUCUAGGGAUCACUCUGGCGUUCCUAAAUAGGUUUUGCUCAGUUGAUCGCUAAUUUAGCAAUAAUAUACUUCCGAAUAAACAUUAUUAGAAUUUUAAAGUUUGUCUUUUUAAGGCUUUAUAAAAAAAUAUUUUUUUCAAUAAGAAAAAAAUAACUUUUUGCUUUAUAAAUAAAUCAAUUUGAAUGAAGUUGGUUCAGAUCGAAUGAAUUAUCAGAAAACCUUAAAACUAAAACAAAAAAUUUUUUCGAGUCUUUUUGCUUCUUCUAUGCAUAUGUUCCGAAGAGCGGAAUUCGAAGAAAUUGGGAUAUAUAGGAACUUUCGGCGUUCAAAAACUAUGAAUUAAAUAAAAACCAAUAAGUUUCAGAUCGACACGUCCAUCAGAAGAUGCAUCGAAUCCCUGGAAAUUCUCAGCUCCCAAUCAUUCCCACAAUUUGCGACCUCUUCCAUCCAAUUUUUGGCCAUUCUUCAAUUUGUCCCUGAUCUCCCGGAACGUCAGAAGAUUUUAUACUAUUUCGACAAGUUCUACAGGAUUCUUGAAAGGUUUGACUUUUAAAGAGAAAAGAAAAAAAGAAAGAAAAAGUAGAAAUCGAAAAAGGACGAAUGACGUUUCAAAAAUGAGAUAAAUAAAGAGACGAAUUUUUAGUUUAGUAACUUAAAAUUCAGUGACCUUUCAAAGAUGGUUCGAUAUUCCUUGGCGAAGAAAAUAAAAAAAGAAAGUAAUUUUUUUAGUAAAAAAAUGUGAAGGUUUCUUAAAAUUAAAAAAAAGGGCUCAUUAUUUAGAAAAAUAAAGCAUCAGAGGCGAAAAAUUUCCGUUUCCAAAGCCUUAAAAAGAUGACAAAAAAACCAUUAUUACAGGAAUUAUGAUGGUAUUUUUUUAAUAAAAAAAGGAAAUGUAUGAAAAAAAUGCUUGAGAGAAAAUGACAAGAUCUUGGAAAUGAAAAUGCUUUUUUUUCAAGAAAGAAAAUUUUCUCAAAAUUCUGCAGAUUCCGAACGUUUUUUUAUCUGUUAUGUCAAAUUUUUGUCCCGUAAAUCUCGUGAUUUUCUUCAAGAUUUUAUCUUCUUAUGUUAAGGAACUUCACGAAAUGGCAAGCGGAAGAAACUGUGAAUCUCCUUGUGGAUAUUUACAUCCAAUGUCUUCGGUACCUUUGCGUAGUCGUUCAAUCAGAAGACGUGCCUCAUUUCAAAGCCGUCGUCACGAAUUCCGUUCUUUAUGGCGGCAGUGAAGAGUUCUUGUAAGACUUUUGAAGUAUUAGGGGCUAUGCGUGUCGUUUUGGUUGGUUUUACAUAUUCCAAAGAGAACAUUUUUUGAAAGGAUCUGUACUAGUGGGAAGAUCGUGUCUUUCUGUAUUUUUUGGUAUAUAAUUUUUCUAGGUUGGCUUCGUUUUUCCGAAAAAAUUCAGCUCUUCUUUAGCGAUCACUUAAAUGGCCAAACUCUAACUUUCGAUUUUUUCGAAUAAUUUUUUCAAAAGAUUAAACAGCAGCUCUCAAAACAGCGCAUUUCUUGUUAGACAUUCUAUCAGUUAAAAGUUAUGAAUCAAAGAAUUUAGACAAGCCGUGAGCAUACGACUGGAAUCCGUGAUGGAGAAGUUGCUCCCUCUGGCCGCCGAGGAUCGUCUCAUCUCCCUUCAAUUUCUCGAAAAUAUCGUUUCGUUGCUCGAAGUUGACGAAGAUGUAAGUUUGAAAACGAGCAAAAGGGCUGGAAAACCUGAGAAGCACUUGAGAAAAUUCAAAAUUGAAAUUUUUCUCGUCUUCCUUUCUCCCCGUAUCUUUUAGAAAAAGUUCAAGUUUUUUUUUUAAGUCGGUUGUUUGUUAGAUUGCAGCCAAAGAUGUCUUUUAUCGAAAUUUGCAAAAAAUUAACUGAUUUUGUUACAUAAAAUUUACUGGAGGGGAAGGUUUUGAAGUUUACGAUUGAGUUGAAAAUAUGGGAUUUUAAGCUAAAUCCUCCGGCAAAGUCGGAAUGGUGGAUAAUGGCCGAUAAAAGGGAGAGACUCAAAAAAGACCGCAGAAAGGCUGUAAAAAGGGAGCGAAAAGGCCACAAAAAGGCAGCAGAAAGGCAGUAAAAAGGCAGCGAAAAGGCAUCAAAAAGAGUCCCUUCAUCGAGCCUUCCAUUUUUCUGGGAUUUUAAAGACUCGAGAAAUGGUGGAGAAAGGCAGUGGCACCAAAAAUGGUGUAUACGGGCUGAGAAAAUGACGCAAAAAGGGAACCUUCAUGACCCUAAAAGGAACAUUUCUAUAGAGCCUUCCAGAAGCCACGGAGGGUCCUUCCGACUUUGCCUAUGUCACUGGAAUCCAAUAUACUUCUUUGCUUAGUUUUUCGGGUUCCCUGAACUAAAAUUUUGUGAACUAAAUACAAGAACCAGUUCAAUUUUCAACUCGAAAUGAUUCCAGAAGCGGCACUACGCCAGAGGUCUUCUGAAACGGGCGAUGGGUCUUCCAAAAUUUGCAAAAAGAGCCGUUGCUUUGGUCAACGACAUGCGCGCCAUGGCUCCCUCGAACGAAGACAUUUUCGAGACUCUUGACAAACUUCGGCUCAUUCUUUGA